AGAAGCGGCAAGACCUCUAUUCAACAGGUUCUAUUCCACAAGAUGGCUCCCAAGCAGGCCUUCUACGUCGAGCCUACCCAGAGGAUAACGCGGCACAAGUACGACACCAUCAUUCCUCUGGAGAUAUGGGACUGCCCAGGCACCAUAGAACCUAGCACCGUCGACCUAACACAGUUCGCCGCUCUGAUCUUCGUCAUUGACAUACAGGACCUCUACCAAGCUCCGAUAUCCCGUCUCAUAGACUUCAUCAUCAAGGCCAGCGAACAUAAUCCCGCCCUGAACCUCGAAGUCUUCGUGCACAAGACAGAACCGCUCUCGGAUGAUUACAAGAUCGAAAACUUUCGUCAGAUCCAGCAAAGGACCCUGGACGAGCUCUUGGACGAAUCCGAAGACUACGCUCAGAUACCCGUCAACUUCCACUUGACGAGCGUAUAUGACCACAGCCUCCACGAAGCGUUCUCCCGCGUCUUGCAGAACAAGCUUGUGGAGAGCUUGCCCUAUCUGGAAGAUCUACUGAACGUUUUCGUAACAAACUCGCAAUCGUCGAAAGCGUUUCUCUUCGAUAUCGAGUCCCGAAUAUACGUUGCCACGGAUGCCUCUCCAGUGGACGCCGCGACCUACAAUCUAUGCUGCGACUACCUCAAAAUGCUGACCUCGUUCGGGCCACUCUAUAAGUACGUC